AUGGGGGUGUUAAGAGAGUCGUGGUGCUUCUGUAACGGCGGCGGGAAGUCGGAGAGAAUGAAAGCUGCUAUUUUUUCCGGCAAAGGCAAUUCCAUGGCUAGAAUUGGAGCUGCCGGCACCGGCUUUCUUAUCCACCGGAACCUCCUCCUCACGACUCAUGCCAACCUUCCGUCUGUCUCCUCAGCUGAGACAGCUGAGAUCCGCCUUCAGAACGGCGUCGCUGCUCGACUUUUUCCUCAUAGGUUUUUCAUAACCAGCUCUGUUCUUGAUCUGACUAUAGUGGGUCUUGAUGCUAUUGAUGGAGACACAAAUGCAUUGGUUCCUAACACUCACCACUUGAGGAGUUCUAAUCCAAAUUUGGUCCUGGGCAGUGUAGUGUAUCUCUUAGGAUGUACGGAGGAGAGGAAGUUGACAGUAGGGGAAGGAAAGGUGGUAAUAGCUACUGAUAAUCUGAUCAAGUUAUGUACAGAUGGAGUGACUUGGAGCCCUGGUUCUGCUGGUUUUGAUGUUCAUGGAAACCUUGCAUUCAUGGUCUGUGAUCCGAUGAAGCUAGCAACAUCUCCAAAUACAAAGUCCAAUUCAACCUCUUCCUCCUCAUCAUCCUCACGGAAAAGGGAUCUUGCCAUGCAGUUUGGUAUUCCCAUUCCAAUCAUCUGGGAUUGGUUGAACCAGCAUUGGGAAGGCAACCUAGAUGAACUGAACAAGCCAAAGUUACCACUAAUGCAUUUGAUGUCUACUGGACAGAAGAGUGAACAUUCUUGUGCCUCCUUCACAAUGCGGCAAGUCUUCAAGUCACCAGAAACUGAAAAUGAAGGAACUUCGACCUCAUCAGUCAUAAUGUCAAAAUGUAAAGAGGAGUUUGGGCCUAGUGGUGCGAAUAACUCCGAAAAUGGCACCUGUAAUCCCGAUCAUCCAACUGCUAACGACAUGCAUGGAAUUCUGACACCAGAAAUCAACGAGUCUCCAAAGAUAACAUCAAUGGUUAGGAAAAAGGAAAGCACCCAGAUUCAGCUUUUGGAUAUCAAUUUUCCACCAAGGAUAGCUAGAGUAAUAACCUCGCAGCAGCCUACCAACAGGAUACAGCCAAACUCGGAUGAAAAUAAUGUCAGAGAAUCACCAUUGCUGCAUCCAACGGGCGAAGAAAGAUUAAGUGACAAAGAACAUUCUGGUCUUCUGGAUGAUGCCGAGGUUGCCUCAACAGGGUCUGUGAAUGGUGCAGCUCGGAGUGAGGUCCAAUCCAGUUCAUCCCCAGUGGCAGUUUCUGAGGCGCACCAUGAGUAUAGUAGUGAGGGAGAAACUACCAUGUAUUCAGCUGAAACUGCAGAGAGCCGUAACUUUCCAAGCCCUAAGGAGGGAAGAUUUCACCAGGUGGGAAGGAGUCAGAGUUGUGUGAACUACAACAGAUGGGGGCCCGCUCAAAAACAUCCUGCUGCUCGCGGAACAAUGUAUGAGAAACAGAGAAGCUUUAUGCAACCAAGAAAGGUGCAUUCCCAAGGCACAGCUUCUCGAAGAAGUAAUGACUAUUACAGUCCAACCGUUUCUUCAGUUAUGAAGAAGCGGAACAACUUGGAUCAGCAGCCAACUAGACCACGCCAAAGUGCAGUGCAUUCAUCGCCGAGAUGGAAUUUCUGA